UGCUAAGAAGCUCCUCUGUGUUUUAUUGCUGAUAACACUCCAUCGUUCGUUAAUCUCGGGUUAAUCAUUAAGUGGACACCAUUACCUGGUACCUUCGCUAUCAUGUCGGCGGUGAUGAUAACACGGAAGGUUACUCGAAAAUGGGAGAAAUUGCCUGGGAAAAACACCUUCUGCUGCGAUGGACGGGUUAUGAUGGGUCGGCAGAAAGGAGUAUUUUACCUGACCUUAUUUCUCAUCGUUGGAACCUGCUCUCUGUUCUUCGCCUUUGAGUGCCCGUACCUGGCAGUGCACCUGUCUCCUGCCAUCCCUGUGUUUGCAGUGUUGCUCUUCGUCUUUGUCAUGGCCAUGCUGCUCCGAACCAGCUUCAGUGACCCAGGGGUGCUGCCACGGGCCCUGCCGGAGGAGGCCAACUUCAUUGAGAUGGAGAUCGAAGCGGCCAAUGGGAACGUCAUGGCUGGACAACGGCCUCCACCCCGCAUCAAGAAUGUGCAAAUUAACAACCAGAUCGUCAAGCUGAAGUACUGCUACACCUGCAAGAUCUUCAGACCCCCUCGUGCUUCCCAUUGCAGCAUCUGCGACAACUGCGUGGACCGGUUUGACCAUCAUUGUCCCUGGGUCGGAAACUGUGUAGGAAAGAGGAAUUACAGAUAUUUCUACUUGUUCACACUCUCGCUGUCUCUACUUACCAUCUACAUCUUCGCCUUCAACAUCGUCCAUGUGGUUCUACGUUCUGUAGACUCCGGAUUUGUGAAUACCAUUAAAGAAACUCCCGGAACUGUGUUGGAGGUUCUGGUGUGUUUUUUCACCCUCUGGUCUGUGGUGGGAUUGACUGGUUUCCACACCUACUUGAUCUCCCUCAACCAAACCACCAAUGAGGACAUCAAAGGCUCGUGGUCUGGAAAGAACCGUGUGCAGAACCCAUACAGUCAUAAGAGCAUCAUCAAGAACUGCUGUGAGGUUCUGUGCAGCCCUACUUACCCUAGUGUGUUGGACAGAAGAGGGGUGAUGCUGGAAGACUUGUCUAGCCCCACCCCCUCUGAUGCGUCUGCUGCUUCCACCCAUCAGAGCAGCAACCCUGUUUCACAAACCACAAAAUCCUCAGCUCCGCUGAUUCCCAAUGAACACACCCCUGAUGAAGCCAAACCCGGCAUUGGUUCAGGCACCCAGAAGAGCACCAGCUCCCCUAAAGAAGAGAAACCCCCCUCGCCAACAUCCCCCAAUGCUGUCGCCCCUGCAGUCAUCAAAGAGUCGUCCCACUAGUCUCCAGACUUCUCUCAACCCUCUGAAUGUGCUCACAAAAAGGAACACACACAGAAGAACUUGUGAUUCGUUUAGAGCAGUGGCCUAUGUUCUCUGAUACUCUUUCGCAGUACUGGACCCCCUCUGGCCGGAUCCUGCACUAGCACUCAAGACAAGUUCUGGAGGUUUUGAGACUCUCCUCUCUGAAUCACAGCAUGAUGAAUCUCACAAUGAGGGAAAUGGGCAGCCAUAGACUGAAUGAGAUGAGAAUGGGCUACCCUGAAGCGCAAUGAGGACAUUAUUUCCCUCGAAAGAGCUAGUGAAAUGUUCGGUUGAUUUUUCAGUGUCAUUACCCGUUUCUGUAUAGCCCGCCUCCAUUAUUCCUAACCGUUUGUGUGCCCUGUAAAACCCAUUACAAGCUUCUAUAGUAGUUGUGCACAAUGCCCUGUGGAUUAGACGACUUGGUUUUCAAAGUGUGAUAAGGAAAGUGCUUUAGCCAUAAACUGACAUUUAGGCCCAACACAACUGCUUUAUUCUGAUGAUGGGGCAUUUUGGAUCAGCUUAGUAAGUCAGUCAGUUAUAAAUGUGAUUCAACUCCGUGUCAAAACAGAAAGUUAAGCUCAGACUUGAUUUUACAAUCAGCAUUGAUGGUAGAAAGCAGCGGCUGUAAGCUGUGUGUGUGUCAGUGAGUACAGGCUGAUCUGCAUCAGCAAGAGUGCCUUAUCUAUGCUCUACCAUUACAUCUAUAGAGGACUCCAUAAUGCCCUAAUGCUACUCACAUCUCUAUAUGCAAGUUAAUCAUUGUCAUUUUUUUUUUUUUUUACAAUGCUAUCGAUCUAUCAGAACGCAAAAAAGCCAUGGAGUAAAUGUACAUGUAAAAAUGACUGAGACGCUGCAAAUUCCCUAAGAAGUGAAAACACUGAUUUAUUAAUAUUAUUUUGAUCUUGAAGUUACUGCAUUCCCUCCAUAUUGUCUUAUUUAGUGAGGUCUUUCCACAUCCACCUGACAUAUGAGCAACCUUCCCUUUUUCCUUUUCCGCUAAGAGUUGGAUAUUACUACUCAAGGCCUAAAUGCUUGUUUGUGCACAGAGUAAAUGAAAGAUAAAGUGUGG